UCCGCGCGUACAUGACGUCGCGCGUAGGGUGGGGGAGGAGAUUUGGUAAUGGCGCUUCCGCUCGUGGUGCGCCGCGUCCGGUGAACGGCUGCGCUCCGCCAUUAGCGCGCGCUCGGAAAUCCCGCGGUGGUUUUUGGCAGCAAAAAAAAAGAAUUCGCCGCGCUCGCAAAGUUGUACGAAACGAGCGGUGAGCGACGACAACGGGCGCUCGUUUUAAAAAACAAAAAGCACAACCGGUCACGAAUAACCGUACAACUAUUAAUAAGCCGUAACAAAGAUGAGCGUGGACGCGUACGGGCCGAGCUCGCAGAGCCUCACGUUCCUCGACACGGAAGAGGGCGAACUCAUAGGCGCGGACACGCAGGCCACCGACUUCGACUACACGGACUUCACGCUGCCCUCGCAGAGCCAGGGAGGUCCCAGCCAGGGCGGGCAGCUCGACGCGCCGCCGCACGGACAGUUGAAUGGACCAGAUGGGGCCCUCGCGAAUGGGAUGGAUGAAACGGUGGCAAAAGCGACUCAGUCUCUGGCCGAGCUCAAUUUUGAAGAAGACGAGGAAGAUGCUUAUUACUCAAAGGACCUCCCAUCGCAUGCCUGCAGUUACUGCGGAAUUCACGAUCCCAAUUGCGUGGUGUAUUGUAAUUCCAGCAAAAAGUGGUUUUGCAACGGCCGUGGGAACACAUCCGGAAGCCACAUCGUGAACCAUCUAGUGCGUGCCAAGUGCAAGGAGGUAACACUGCACAAGGACGGGGCGCUUGGUGAGACUGUGCUGGAGUGCUACAAUUGUGGCUGCCGCAACGUUUUCCUGCUGGGUUUCAUCCCUGCCAAGGCUGACUCGGUCGUGGUGCUGCUGUGCCGUCAACCAUGCGCCAGCCAAAGCAGCCUGAAGGACAUGAACUGGGAUGCAACGCAGUGGCAGCCACUCAUCCAGGACCGCUGUUUUCUGCCCUGGCUCGUGAAGAUCCCCUCGGAGCAGGAGCAACUCAGGGCACGGCAGAUUACGGCACAGCAGAUCAACAAGCUGGAGGAGCUGUGGAAGGAAAACCCCAAUGCCACCCUGGAGGACCUGGAGAAGCCAGGCGUGGAUGAGGAGCCUCAGCCGGUGUUACUACGCUAUGAGGAUGCCUACCAGUAUCAGAAUGUGUUUGGGCCGCUUGUCAAGCUGGAGGCCGACUAUGAUAAGAAGCUCAAGGAAUCCCAGACUCAAGAUAACAUAACCGUGAGAUGGGAUGUGGGGCUGAACAAGAAGAGGAUUGCCUUCUUCAGCUUGCCUAAAACUGACUCAGCAGACAUGCGGUUGAUGCAAGGAGACGAGAUCUGUUUGCGCUACAAGGGAGAGCUGGCUGCUCCCUGGAAAGGGAUUGGCCAUGUCAUCAAAGUCCCGGACAACUUUGGAGAUGAAAUUGCAAUUGAGUUGCGAAGUAACACUGGCGUGCCAGCAGAGUGCACCCACAACUUCCAGGUUGAUUUUGUGUGGAAGUCGACCUCCUUUGACAGGAUGCAGAGCGCCCUGAAGACCUUUGCGGUGGACGAGACCUCGGUGUCUGGAUACAUCUACCACAAGCUGCUGGGCCACGAGGUGGAGGAUGUACUCAUCAAGUGUAUGCUGCCUAAGCGCUUCACUGCCCCAGGCCUGCCUGACCUCAACCACUCUCAGGUGUACGCUGUGAAGACUGUGCUGCAGCGCCCACUCAGCCUCAUCCAGGGUCCCCCUGGCACUGGGAAGACCGUCACCUCAGCCACCAUCGUUUACCACUUGGCCAAGCAGAACAGCGGGCCCGUGCUAGUGUGCGCCCCCAGUAACAUCGCAGUGGACCAGCUGACGGAGAAGAUCCACCGCACGGGUCUCAAGGUGGUGCGGUUGUGUGCCAAGAGCAGGGAAGCCAUCGACUCCCCCGUCUCCUUCCUCGCUCUGCACAACCAAAUACGCAAUAUGGACAGCUUGCCAGAGCUGCAGAAGCUGCAGCAGCUAAAGGAUGAGACCGGAGAGCUGUCUUCCGCUGAUGAGAAACGGUACCGGGCCCUAAAGAGGAAUGCGGAGCGUGAGCUGCUGAUGAAUGCGGACGUGAUAUGCUGCACGUGUGUGGGUGCCGGUGACCCUCGUUUGGCCAAGAUGCAGUACCGCUCCAUUUUGAUUGACGAGAGCACCCAGGCCACGGAGCCCGAGUGCAUGGUGCCCACUGUCCUCGGUGCAAAGCAGCUGAUUCUGGUGGGCGACCACUGCCAGCUGGGUCCCGUGGUUAUGUGCAAGAAGGCAGCCAAGGCCGGACUAUGCCAGUCGUUGUUUGAGCGGUUGGUGGUGCUGGGCAUCCGGCCUAUCCGCCUGCAAGUGCAGUACCGCAUGCACCCAGCGCUGAGUGCCUUCCCUUCCAACAUCUUCUACGAAGGCUCGCUUCAGAAUGGCGUCACUGCUGCGGAGCGUGUCAAGAAAGGCUUUGACUUCACGUGGACUCAGCCUGACAAGCCAAUGUUCUUCUAUGUGACCCAAGGGCAGGAGGAGAUAGCAAGCUCUGGCACCUCUUAUCUCAACAGGACGGAGGCCUCGAACGUGGAGAAGAUCACAACACGCCUCCUGAAGGCUGGAGCCAAGCCAGACCAGAUCGGUAUCAUCACGCCCUAUGAGGGUCAGCGCUCGUACCUGGUGCAGUACAUGCAGUUCAGCGGCUCCCUGCAUGCCAAGCUCUACCAGGAGGUGGAGAUUGCCAGUGUAGAUGCAUUCCAGGGUCGCGAGAAGGACUUCAUCAUCCUGUCAUGUGUUCGUGCCAACGAGCACCAGGGCAUCGGCUUCCUCAACGAUCCUCGUCGACUCAAUGUGGCCCUCACGCGAGCCAAGUAUGGUGUCAUUAUUGUGGGCAACCCAAAGGCUUUAUCCAAGCAGCCUCUGUGGAAUCAUCUGCUCAACUACUACAAGGAGCAGAAGGUGCUUGUCGAAGGACCUCUCAACAACCUGCGCGAGAGCCUCAUGCAGUUCAGCAAGCCUCGCAAGCUUGUCAACACCGUCAACCCCGGCGGUCGAUUCAUGAGCACGGCGAUGUAUGAUGCAAGAGAGGCCAUGAUUCCGGGCAGCGUGUACGACCGGAGCGGACCGGGUCGAGCUCCACACAACAGUUACUUUCAGACUCACGACCAGAUGGGAAUGAUUGGGCCCAAUCCAGGACACCCAGCUGCCUUUAACUUGCCUAUCCCUUUCAACAUGAUGAUGCCACCGAUGCCUCCGCCAGCCUAUUAUGGCCAGAUGAACGGACCUCCAAUGGGCCGCGGGAUGGGCCGUGGCAAGCCAGGCAAGGGCAAACAGCAACGCCCGCGCGGAACAGGACGGAGCACCGGCAACGGCCUCGUGGACAGCCAGGCCAGCCAGGACGUGGGCUCGCAGCCCUUCUCACAGGGCCCUCUCACACAGGGCUUCAUGUCCAUGAGUCAGCCCUCGCAGAUGAGUCAGCCGGGCCUUUCCCAGCCCGAACUCUCACAGGACAGUUACCUCGGGGAUGAGUUCAAGUCGCAGAUGGAUGUGGCGCUGUCUCAGGACUCGACGUACCAGGGCGAGCGGGCCUAUCAGCACAGCGGCAUGGCGGGGCUGUCGCAGUACUAGGAAGCAGGUGUAGGUCUAAGCAGCUGGGCCUGGAGAAGGCUUGGUGACCAAGAGAGAAAUCGCAAACACAACGAGGAAAAACUGCUACCGCCGCAUCGACCGACCCAUCGGAGAAUGGACUGACGAAGGAGGGGAAUGCAGGAGGAAGAGGCAGACCACAGGGACCGCGUGACCAACAGACAGACGCACGAGUGAAGGGAUGCGAGAGGGGGGUGGGGAAUGGUGGCGCACACACGGAAUGGUGUGGCGCACACGCCAGGAGGCGCACGGUCGCCCCGAGCUGUGGCCGCGACACGCAUGGACGCCAUAGGAACACCUGGCGUGCCUUGGCAUUGCCCGGCUGUCGCGUGGUAAGGGUGCAUACGGCCAGGGAAGCCCCUGCCGGUCAGAAAAUCUGUCGCUAGACCUGUCAGCUGAGAAGGAAGUGUCAAAGCAAUUAAGUGGGAGAGGUGGAAGCUGGUGGAUUGACUAUGCCCUUGUAUUGCUUAGUUUGUUGACGCCACCGUUGCCUUUGUUUUACAUUUUAUUUUUGUUUAUUAUUUUCUUUAUUAACCGAGUCACAUAUAAGCGACUAGACUUUGGCAGAGUAAAUCAGUGGAGUAAAUCACAUCAGCCUCAGAGUCCUUGACAGUUUAAUGACUACAGUACCCAUGUAGUUUGCUUCUUUCAUAAAUUUGCAUUAAGUUUCCUUGGUAAGCAGGCAAAUCUCACCUAACAUGGGACCAGCUCCUAAAUGCUUUGAGAUAAUACAUUUAUCUUUUUAGAGCAGUUCUUCCAGUUUGCUUUUAUUUCAUUCUUUUUAUUUUAAAAUGUAAAGGCAAAAGGCAUUUUUAAUAGCAUCACUCUGCAAGAGGCCAGCGUGUUGGGCUUGACAUUGGCAGUUGCGUGUGCAGUUACAGAUACGGACGCAAGUCGCGUGAUGUGCGAGGCACAGGGUAGGCUCGGCCAUGCCGCAACAGGGGGAGCUCUGCCAUGGGUGGUGCGUGUGUCCACCUGUACGGUCGGGAGUGUUGACGCAGAAAAAGCAGUCCGGAGCGAGAGAGACGGACCGUGGGCCACCAAUCAUGAGGGCCAGCAUGGACAAGGGAGGUGCUCGGUGAGCGAACGGUAGCACGAGACCAAGCAGGGAUGGUCUAACUUGCCUGUGGUGUUCAGUGGAAAUUGGCAGCGGAGGUCUGUCCAAGCAAACCUGCCUUUGGUAUGGUUCCCCUUCAAAGAACUUGAGACAGAAGCAAACAAAACAAAAAAACUGGCAGGAAUUACUGAUUUAUUCAAGUGGUGGAAACAUGCCACUUUGAGCUCCGUAAGCACCUCAUUCAGAAAAUCAUGGGGACAGCCACCACAGCGUUGUUUCACCAUGGCCGCGAGGCCAGUUGAUUUGAAGUUGAAUGAUCACGUCAAUGUAGGUACAACUGUGGCGAGGUUCCCCAGAAGUGCCAGAAUCUUUUCCACCAUUUGCAUCCGCUGGUAGCGGUCUUAUUGUGCAGCAACAUUUCUAGGCUUUAGGACUGCACUACCCAGCUGUUUGGAGCAAGGCUUCUGGUCGGCUAUCUCUGUGACUUCUCAACACUUACACCUAAAGCGAGGCCCUAGCAGGACAAGGGGCCACCUUGCAGCUUGCGUCUGCUCGCAGUUGUGAGCGCCAUCGUUGUUGCGAUGCUCCAAAAUAUGCAUGGAACCAUUGGGAACAGCAGACUCUUGUUCUUUGGGUAUGUUGAAAGUAAUGUGCGGUGUGCUUCUGUUCUUUGUGACUUAUUUUAAUGACAUAGAGGCUGUUCAUCAGUAUGUGUUACUUUUGUCAAUGGCUAUUUUCUUUCACGAAUAUAUUAGCCUGCUCAGAUUUCUUAUUUAGAAGUAGUUAUCCUUUCACUGGUUAAAGCUGAAGUUAAAUGGUGCGACACUGUCUUUGUGCAUCUCAACUAAGGUUACGUAGUGCCGUAUGUUAAACAUUGCUCAAGGAGCCUGCAACUUUGAAUGAAAAGUACAGUACUUGCUUGCAGCUCCAUGUUAUGCACCUUAAACUCCGCAUGUUGCACUGCUUAACUUCAGUUGGAAGUCUGAAAUUAGAUCUUACGUUACACAGUAAAGUGUGAAGUUAAAUGUCAAACAGUUGAUUGAUGAUUCCAAAAAUCUAUAUCUUGUGCUGAUGUGUGUGCUUUUUCGCCAGUAGUUAAUCUGUCGCUGCAGUUUUCAUUUUAUGUUUUGAGUUGGCAGUCAGAUCAUUAGCUUUACACUGAUGUGAUGACGUUUCUCUGUCUUGCCAUUUUAAUUUUCUCAGCCUUACACCACCCACAGUUGACGUGGUGUUUAUUUUUUUGCUCGCUUUAUAUUUUCGCAAAAUGCACUGGAGCAAUGAAUUCAACAAUCUGGACAUUAAUUAAAUGAGGGUUUGACAUCUCUUUCCGUCAAUGAUAUUGUAAGUAAGCUUUAUACGUAGGCAGUUGAUGCACAAUUCAUUUUCGACAUCCCCCCCCCCAUUAAAGUUUUCGUUCCCCGUCCCCCCACCUCAGUUUUAUAUAAAUUGGACUAUAAUAUUCGUAGUAGCUUUUAAACAAUAUUGAAUAACAAUAAAUACGCUUUGUAUACACAAACACCAAGAUUUAAAAGGAACAACAGUUUUUACUAAUAAUUUUUUGAACUAUCAGAUGGCCAAUUUGUAAAGCGCCAAUGUUUUCGUUGUGCGUCGAGCUUAAUUUUUGACAUGAAUGCACAGUGCUGCCCAAUGAACAGUCCCGCAAUGUCCAACAAUGAGGUUGUGGUGAAUGAUCCACAUGCAUGGUCUUCAUGGCAACUACUGCACUUCUUGGCUGUUCAGGAUAACCAAAGGAUUUGACUUGUCCUUAAUGUGAGUGCCGCGUUUAGGAUUCUGCCAUAGGAAUAUUACAUGUUCUCUUAACUGGCUGUGCCGUUAACCGAGAGGAGCAACGAGCAUUGAUUGUGGGGACACUAACUUUGGGCCAGAUUAACAUUUUGACAAAACAGCUGAAACAUCAGCUUUUGGACAUUUUUUGUCAAAUGAUUAAAAAUACUAUUCACUACCACGUGAAUUGGACUCUUUAACAUUUUUCAUGAAAGAGGUUAUGUAGACUACGAUUUAACGGAGAUUUGAAUUCAUGCCCAUUUUAUUUAUUUACAAGUAAAUCAAAUAUUCCAAAAAAUGUCACGGAUUUUUCUGUACUUGCAAGAUAAUUUAAAUUCAAAAGGCUGAGAAAAUUAACAGUGGCCAUACAUGCAAGGGCUGGAAUGUGAAUUAUAUUUCUAUAAAUUAUGCAAUUAAAAAUCCAUUUGAACAGUAAUUUGGGUUUAAACUUGCAUUGUGCUCAUCAUAGAGCUGUAUAAGAUAGCUUGAUGAUACCUGCUAUUGGAACGUUAUAUUAUGCAUUCAAAUUAAAUUUUGCUUUGCAAGAUUUUCCAAAGCUUUUUUAUCUGUCAGAUUGGAUAUAGCAAAUAGUUUAAGUAUGUUUUGGUCACCAACUUUAUCUCAAAUUAGAAAAAAAGCAACUCCUUAUAUUUUGUAGCAAAAUAAAAACUAAAAUUCAAAGUUACACAAUGUUUUCACAAUGCAGCUGUAAUGUGGUUGAUUUGACUUCAUUUUUUGCACGAAAAAGGAUCUCGUUUAGCUGAUCCACCAAUACUGGCUGGUUAUCCUUUUUGCGAGAAUUAAUUUGUGCUCGUGUUUGUGGCUGCAUACUGGAACGGCACAUUUUUCUUGGUGUUAGGCUGUCGAAAAUAAAGUUUGAACUUUGUUUCAAUA